AGGAUCAUUUUAUUUUGUUGAUCAUCAAACUUUUUGAUCAAAAUUCCAUAGACCCAUCGACAUAAUGAUGAUCAUACCAAAAUGCUGUUUUUGUUGCUCAAAACGAAAGUAUUGUCAUCGUUGCCAUAAAAAUUACAAUAAUGAUGAUGAUAAUGAUGAUUGUUCCAUUGAAAAUCAUCGUAUUGAAAAAUGGUUAAAACAAGAAAAAUAUCGUCUUAAACGACAGAUACGAAUAUUGCUGUUAGGCACAGGUGAAUCGGGUAAAAGUACCAUACUGAAACAAAUGAAAAUAAUACAUGGAGAAAAUUUGAGCGAUGGACAACAACUUGAAGAUGUCAGACAUAUCAUCUAUUUCAAUAUUAUUAAAGGUAUCAAAGUGUUGAUCGAUGCACGUGCUAAAUUGUCAAUACCAUGGUCCAAGGACGACGAUAAUAUACAGGCAAAAGCUGAUCUAGUAUUUCGUGCUGAAACGAAAAAUCAAAUAACAUUUGAAUAUUUUUCACGUUAUACAACAUUGAUCGAUUUGUUGUGGAAUAACCCGGCCAUUCAGGAAACAUUUCAAAAACGUAAUCAAUAUCAAUUGAGCGAUGGUCUGCCAUAUUUAUUUCGUAACCUGAAACGUAUAUCAUCAUUGACCUAUGUACCAACCAAUCAAGAUCUGCUGCAUGCACGUAUACCAACACGUACUGUUGUAGAAUAUUCGGUUGAAUAUAAAGGUGUUGAAUUUCACUUUAUCGAUAUUGGUGGUCAACGACGACAACGCAAAAAAUGGUUACAAUGUUUUGAUUCAAUGCUGACGUCAAUCUUGUUUAUUGUAUCAUCAAUCGAAUACGAUCAAUAUCUGGUUGAAGAUGCUGAUGUGAAUCGACUGGAUGAAACAUUGACCAUAUUUGAAUUGAUUAUUGAUUCUGAUUAUUUUCAUCAUACAUCAAUCAUAUUAUUUCUCAAUAAAACUGAUCUUUUAGCCGAAAAACUUAAACAAAUCAAAAAAUUACAACAACGUUCUAUCACAACAACGAAUACUGAUAAUUAUCGUCCAAAAUUGAUAAAUGAAUUAUUUCCCGAAUUCGAUGAUGAUCACAAUGGUCAAGAUCCAACCAAUGUUCAACAUGUUCAACAAUUUUUACUAAAACUAUUUCAACAAAGACAACCAUCAUAUCGACCAUUGUAUUCACAUUUUACAACUGCUGUUGACACUGAAAAUAUUAAACGUGUUUUUAAUGAUGUACGUGAAACUGUAUUGUUAGCAAAUAUCAAAGCAAUUAUCAAUCUCCAAUAAUAAAUUUUAAAUCACUAAUGAG